UUGCAACGCCAUCAAACUAGCUAGAAACACAGAAGAACUUUGACCGCGAUCCGUCACACACAUCAAGAGCUAGAGAAACUCGCGACGAGUGAUCGAUCAACCGAGCAACAUGGCGCAGAUGAUGGACAAGGCGAAGGGGUUCCUGGCGGAGAAGGUGGCGCACGUGAAGAAGCCGGAGGCGGACCUUUCCGACAUGACGGUGAAGAACGUCGGCCGCGACGGCGCCACCUUGGGCGGCCGCCUGGACGUGCGCAACCCCUACUCCCACACCAUCCCGAUCUGCGAGAUCAGCUACUCCCUCAAGCUGGCGGGCCGGGAGGUGGCGUCCGGGACCAUGCCUGACCCGGGGUCGCUGGCCGGCGACGACACCACCAGCCUCGACCUGCCGGUGAAGGUGCCGUACGACUUCCUGGUGAGCCUUGUCAAGGACGCCGGAAAGGACUGGGACCUCGACUACGAGAUGCGCGUCGGCCUCACCGUCGACCUCCCCGUCCUCGGCAACUUCACGCUGCCGCUCACCAAGGCCGGCGAGCUCAAGCUGCCCACGCUCUCCGACCUGUUCUAGACUGCGCGCUCCGUCGUAGUGUGCGGGGUGAUCACGACGAUCGGUCCCCUGCUCUGUAUUUUUAUACUCCGUACUACGUACUUCAGAUCACGGUGUAAGCGUGUGGGUUGUCCAUGACGUGAUGACGUGAAUGUAUUAUGAAUUUCCGAACUUUUGGUGAGUACAAUAAGCACACGGGUUUACAAAA